AUGAUAAGACAAGGAAGUGGAAGCAAUUCUCAUCCCACAACAGUGCAGUUCUUAUACCUGUACAGACUGAUGACUGUGUACAGUUUGGUUCGUCCUCCCAAACGAGCAUCAGUUCAAACUGAUCCUGGAUCUAUGCUUAUUACUUUAAAAAAUCUUCUUCAUAGUCAUAAAAAACCAUUCAGAGAAGUUCAAGAACAAUUGGAAGAACAUUUAGAAAAUUUGCUUUGUGAUCCAAGUCUAUACUAUGGAGAUCCUAGUGAUAGUGAAUUAUUAGAUCAUGAUUAUUGUACACCAGAAACAUUUAAGUUUAUCCUACAUUAUUUAGGAGGUUAUAUUAUUUAUCGUCUACUGCCAUCACUCGGUUGUGAUGAAUGCAAAAAUAUAUUAACAGCAAAACCUGAGGAUGCUGCACCAGAGAAGACAUUUACAUUCAUCAAAUCUCGAGGAGUUAGCUUGAUCAUUCAUUCAGCUAUGGUAUUUGUCAGUAAAGAAUUAAGAAAUUCUUGUCUUAUUGACCUUGAAUUAAAAGCCUUGUCUUAUUGA